GUUGCGAUUGGCGGUUGUUAAAUCCGAAGUGUUACGGAAAUCGCCGAGAAGAUGCGAUAGGGUAAGCAACGAAUCGUUCCAAAUGAACCACUCAAUUACACGCAUGCGCAGUGACUGGGAUCAUUGACCGGCCGGCUUACAGAACGCAAAACUGAGGUGUACCAACAUGGCACAGAAGAAAGGACAACAAGAAAUGGAUGAUUGUGAUGACAGUUUGUUUUACGAGGUUCAUGAGAUUGUUGUGCAAAAGUUGGGGCAUGUACCAAUAGCAAAAGGUGACUUUAACAAGCUUCCAAAGGCAGUUCAGAGAUUUGUAGCCAAAUGGGUACAGAAAUGUCAGCCUAGAUGUCUGUAUAUUUGUGAUGGUUCUCAAGCUGAAGCUGAUGAAGUCAUUCACAAGCUUGAAGAAAGAGGUCUUCUCCACAAACUCCCCAAAUAUGAGAACAACUACAUUUGUCGCACUGACCCUGCUGAUGUAGCCAGAGUAGAGUCCAAGACCUGGAUUUGUACAAAAGACAAAUAUCAGACUGUGCCACAUGUUGCCCCAGGUGUACAGGGAAUUCUGGGUAGAUGGGCCUCUCCCGAAGAUGCUGAAGCGCAAAUGAAAAACUUCGAAGGCUGUAUGGCAGGACGUACUAUGUAUGUGAUUCCAUUCAGCAUGGGUCCUAUUGGUUCUCCAUUAUCUAAGAUUGGAAUCGAGUUGACAGACUCUAACUACGUCUUGUUAUGUAUGAGAAUCAUGGCGCGCGUUUCGCCCGAAAUCUGGUCAGUACUUGGAGAUGGAGAAUUUGUCAAGUGUUUACACUCAAUGGGAUCGCCAAGACCAAACCAGAGGAAGACUAUUAAUCAUUGGCCAUGCAACCCAGAGAAGGUAUUUAUUGGGCAUUUCCCUGAAAAGAAGGAGAUUUGUUCAUUUGGAAGUGGUUAUGGAGGUAACUCUUUGCUAGGGAAGAAAUGUUUUGCCCUUAGAAUUGCCAGCAACUUGGCUAGAGAUGAGGGAUGGCUUGCAGAACAUAUGUUGAUUAUGGGUAUCACUAAUGAGAAGACAGGCAAAGAGAAAUUCAUCGCUGCAGCUUUCCCUAGUGCAUGUGGUAAAACUAACAUGGCUAUGUUGACAUCUGCUCUUCCGGGCUUCAAAAUCAGAUGCGUAGGUGAUGAUAUUGCCUGGAUGAGAUUUGAUGAAAAAGGAGACUUGUAUGGUAUCAACCCAGAAGCUGGCUUUUUUGGUGUAUGCCCGGGAACAAACAUGAAAACUAAUCCAAAUGCCAUGUUAACAUGUAUGAAAAACUCCAUCUUCACCAAUGUUGCCGAGACCCAAGAUGGUGGCUUCUAUUGGGAAGGACUUGAAGAAGAAGUGGACAAGAACAUUGGUAUCACUACAUGGUUAAAUCAGCCAUAUAGAAUCGGGCAACCAGGCAAAGCUGCUCAUCCUAACUCUAGAUUCGCUUGUCCAGCUGGCCAGUGUCCAAUUAUACAUCCAAAAUGGGAGGACAAAAAGGGAGUGAAAAUUGAAGCUUUUAUCUUUGGAGGAAGGAGACCACAAGGCGUACCUUUGGUGUUCGAGUCCUUCAACUGGCGUCAUGGUGUAAUGGUUGGAGCAUGUGUUAAAUCAGAAGCUACUGCUGCAGCUGAGUUCACUGGCAAGAAGAUCAUGCACGACCCAAUGGCAAUGAGACCCUUCAUGGGCUACAACUUUGGAAAAUACCUUGAUCACUGGCUUUCCCUUGAUCAUGCACCUAAUAAGGUUCCAAAGAUUUUCCAUGUGAACUGGUUCCGUACUGAUGAAGAUGGACAAUUUUUGUGGCCCGGCUUUGGAGAAAAUAUCCGUGUACUUGACUGGAUCCUGAGAAGAGUUGAAAAUGAAGAUAUAGCCCUUAAGUCACCCAUUGGUUAUUUACCAAAGAAAGGCUCCAUCAACCUUGAAGGUCUGGGUGACAUCAAGUGGGACGAAUUAAUGAGCCUUCCUAAGCACUAUUGGGAAGACGACAUUCGUGAGAACAAGAGUUUCUUAAAGCUCCAGGUAGGCGAGGAUUUGCCAAAGGUGAUAUCUGACGAGCUAGAAGCCCAGGAGAAGCGUAUUGAAGAGGAGCUUUUUGCUUAAGUAACGAAAAAAUUACAGCCGUUAAACAUAAGAUACAGUUAAAUAGCUCGACACUUAUAUAUAAAAAUUUUAGAAAUAUCAAAGAGCAGUGAAGUUAUUUUGUUCUCAUACAUCUUGUUGUUGUUGUUGUUGUUGUCUAAAGUAUCAGUUGAUAAAGUGAUCAGUGUUGUAGUUCAUCUUGAAAAUAAAACAAAAUAAACAAAAACAACUUUUUCGACGUUUAUAUAGUCAGGGGGAAAAAUGGCGAACAAGAUCUACGGACUACUAAUAACUUUUUUUAAUUGUUUUUUUUUUUAAUUAUAUAUUGCAAACUAGCAAAAUGUGAUUAUAUGUAGCUUUUGACAAUGAGUGUUAAUCAUUUAGUUGUUAUAUAUUAAUUAUAUUAACUCUUCAUUAUGAACUUUAAAGCUGUAUAGAUAUUUCUUUUUCGAAGAGCUUUCCAUAGUUUUGAUACUCUCCCUUUAGCAUAAUCUGCUUGUCACAUUUAAUUCAUUAAUUGAAAAGUAAGAUAGUUUGAUAUACAUGUAAAUAGAUAUUACACUAUUCUCCACCAUAAUUUGUUUUAAGAUUAUGAUGAAACAAAAAUUGUUUAGGUAACAAAAAUAGUUUCAUGUUAAUGAAUUGUGUUUUAAGCAAGAACUUUUCUUUGAAGAAGUUCACUAUUUGACUCCUUUCAGUUUUUAGUAUUUUUGUUUGUGAUAAAUAACUUUGAGUUUGUAGCAUAGAUGUGUGCCAUAGUUUUCAAAACAAAUUUUUUGUUGUUUUAUUUUUGAAAGAGAUUUAAUUAUGAGGUAUAAUAUUGUAAGUUAGUUCAGAACUAAUAAAAGAUGUAAAUACAUGUGGUGUGAUUCUAAAUCAUUCCUAAAAGUUAUUUAAAAUAAUAACAACUUUAUAUUCUUGAAAAGUGCUUUUUAUUUGCAAAGUGUAAUCCAGAAUGUGCAAUUGACUAUAUGGUGACAGUUUGGUGCAGUCAUUUUCUAUUUUAAAUUGCUUUUUGUUAAAGUAUUUUUUGUUUAAGUAUUUCUAAGUUUGUGUAUUGUUUUAUUAAAAAGAAGAAUUUCUACAAAAAUGUAGUAGGUACAUCUAGUAUGAUUCUAAUAAUCUUUUGUACUUAGUAAUUUAAAAUACUUUAUAAUACAGAAAAAAUUCUUGAAACAGAAAAGGGACAAUAUUUAAGGCAGGGACCAUAUGAUGAUCCUCAAGUUUAUUUAUUCAGUUUUUUCCCUUGCUUUCAUUAAUUGUAGAGAAAACGAGAGUCGCCUCCCUUGCAUUGUGCUUUAAUUAUUCAGCAAAAAAAUCAUUCACAAUCUUAUAUGUUAGUCAUUGUAAGAUGAUUUAUGAUUGAAAGAGGUUACAGAGUGGAUAGAUUUACAGGUACAUUGGCUUGUUAGAAUGCAUACUUUCAAAUAUAUUUAGUUUUACUAAUAUAUCAUAUCCAUGUAGUCUUGCUAGAUAUUUAAGCUAUGGUGUGUUAUUGUAGUUAUUAAACCUUGCCUCUCGUAGAGGAAAGGUGAUGUAAUAUUAAUAAACUUGAUCACCAUC